GAAGUCGUCUGGUUGCGUCCACAGUGCUCGAUAGCAGCAGAGAUGAGCUCAAGUACGUACAUCUUUGCAAUUGUGGUGCUGAAAGGAGUCUGCUCAGCACCAACAUCGCAGAUAAAGCCAGAUAAAGUUGCCAUUCUUGAACAAGAGAACGAUUUCAAUGGCAUCAACCCCUGGCGCUGGAGGUCAACACUGCAUGGUGUGGCAGGUGAUGGCGGCACAACGCACGAUGAUGGUGUGGGCCAAACGCAUAGUGACGGUGUGAACCAGACGCACACACCAUCUGUGACUGACUGUGCGCCAGGUGCUGGAUGCUGCAACGGGAGUGAGGCACUGUGUGGCACGAGGGUAGACAACACGACCCAGGUGGACAACACGACCCACGAAGACAACACGACACUCAGCAACAAGAGGAGCGAUGGUCAGCCUCACGACGAGUCUACAUUACUGACAGCUGACGGGGAGUCAGAGGCGCUGGAGGGUGGCUACACGUGGACGUCUCCAGAGGGCAUCACAUACACUGUCACGUACACGGGUGACGUCCCCACGAUCAUCCAGCAGGGGGCAGGUGGGGUUGACAGUCCACUGGUGUCGCCGUUUGGUGGUGACCAGCCGCAGCCUGAGGGCCCAGAGAUAGACGUAUUCGGGCGGCAACCGGAUGAACCUGGCGUCCUCGGCAGGCCUUCGAUCUCUGGUAACGCAGCACUGUCUCUAAUAGGACGCUGAAAGCAACGUGCUACUCUGUGUAUUGAAUACAUUACAUGAAUUACAGAACACUAAAAUCCUA